UACCCAGCUACCGGAAAAUUUAUCACCACCCAACUGAGAUGUAAUGCAGCUAAAUCAUAGUUUUUCAUAUGAGCAUGGAAAGGACCCUGAAAUUGGGGUUGACACUUGACAGGCAUGCCCAUUUCUUCAGCAGAAAUCCCACAAAUAAAUCUUGAAGAAAUGGUCUCCAAGCACCCAGAGUCCUGCGGAAAGUGCUAGGCAAAUGAACCCCAUGCCUAGCUGGUUGGUCUUGAGAGUUAAAAAUCUUGACUGAUGGUCCUAGCCAAAUUUCAAGCGAGAUACCCCACAUGGUCUUGAUUGAGUAUCACUAUAAAGGUUUAGUUGAUGCCAAAUUCAAGGUAAACAUAAAUUAAAUUAAUGAAUAAAGAUAUGAAAUGAGAUGAUGAUUUUAAAUUUAGGCCUUGUUGGGAUUGAUUUCUUAGACAACUUUUAUGCUUAUUUGCUUAAUUUUAUUUGAACUUUCGGUUUUAAAAGUUCAUGUUUAACAAAAAAUAUUUUUGCAUUAACGAAUCCUCUAACGAGGCCUUAAUAUCAUAAAAUUCGAAAUGAAAGGAAAAACUUAACAUUAUCAUGUAAAUUAAUACCAUUAAAUAGAAAUUUUUAUGUUGAUUAUAAAAUUUAAAUCAAAGGAAAAACUUAACAUGAACAUGAGAAUUGACUUGUUAGACCCCAUGCAAAACAAUCAUCAACCCACAUAUAAAUUGAAAUGUUGGAGCAAUUAAUUAAAAAUGUUUUCUUGUGUAGUAAGUUAGAUAGUAGAAGAGAGUAAUAUUUUGCUUAGAUUUGAAUGGACAUAUGUUGGUGGUUGCAAUAAUGAUAAAUAAAGCAAUUUUGUUGGGAGCAACUUGCCAAUCUUGAGACCAUACAACUCAUCCUUCUCACAAGGACUCGCUCAAUAGUCAAUGGCUAUUAUCCCUACCAUGGACAACGAACCAACAUCUCCACCUCACCCCCCACAUGCUAAAUUAAGACCCCUCAUUUCUCAGCUCCCAAACACACAUUUCCUCCUUUUUUUUCCUCCCCCAUAUAUCUCAAAGCAUUACUAACUAGAACAAAAGAGAAGAAACAGGGAAAAAAGAGCAACAAAAAAUCCCACGUGCUAAAGCUCUUCAAGGCCGGAAUAUCAAUCUCCGGCCAACCAACACGGCUAUUGCCUUCUACCCCGGCAAUGUCGACAACCUCCGUCCAUCACACACACCCAGAUGCCUACGCCCCGCCCAUAACUGUAAUCCUAACUGUCAUUCUUCUCGUCUUCUUCUUUCUUGGUUUUUUCUCUGUAUACUUUUGUAGGUGUUUCAUGGGAAACCUCUCCCAUACAUGGCUAGGCCGAAGUCCUUCUGGCACGCAUGGACCGGGCGGCUCUUCUGCUGUCCAUGGCCUUGAUCCUUCUAUUAUAGAUUCAUUUCCCACUUUUGUAUAUUCAACAGUUAAAGACUAUCGGGAACAAAAGUAUGGCCUAGAAUGCGCCAUUUGCCUGUCCGAAUUCGAGGAUGAUGAUAUGCUUCGCCUUUUGACAGUGUGCUACCAUGUUUUUCAUCAUGAUUGCAUUGACCUUUGGCUUGGAUCCCAUAACACAUGUCCGGUUUGUCGUAGGAGCCUGGAUGUGCCAUUGAAGUCGCUAGAAAAGUCCCCGGCUAACAAUAAUACCAUGCAGGACAUUGAUGAGAAUGAGUCACUGGACGAUGAGUGUAGCAUUGCGAUUAAGGACGGAGACGAGGAAUGCAGAGGAGGAAGCAGCACAGGAGGAGCUACCAAUGCCCACGGUUUACAAAUUGUAGAGAAUAAGGAGGGGAAGUUUUCAAGGUCACAUUCCACCGGGCAUUCCAUAGCUUGGACAAAAGGAGAGGAGGAUAAACAUACAUUGAUAUUGCCUGAACAUGUGAAAGCCAAGAUUACAAGGGGACAUAAUUGGAGUUGCACCACAUUUGGUGACUACUCCCGCUAUAGGAACAAAGGUAAAGGUGGCGUUGGUGAGGUUUCAGGAUUUUCAGGCAGCAACGAGGACAAUGUUUAAAAUUUUUCCCUUUUUCUUUCCUCAUUUGUUUUUUUUUUUUGGUUUCUUUAGCACAAGAGAUAUUAAGGAAAGUAGUAGAUGAAUUCAUCAUCUCUUGUUUUGCUUUUAAAGUUAAGUAGGAACCGUUAGCAUAGCUUGUUAAAAACACUAAAAUUUGAGGAUUAAUUCAGUUACGGAUUUUAUUUUA